GCUGAGCUGAAGACUUGCGUCAUUAAGAAAAUGUGUGGCUGGGUACCAGUUUUGUCUGGAUUUUUUUAAUUGACUAUAUAAAAGCAGGAAUGAAUGGAAAAUUCCAAUGUACCCAAAUACAGAUAUUUUUAUUACAUAACAUGGAAAUACUAAUAAUUCUCAUUAAUAUAAGGAUGCAAAUAAGUAUCGAUUCUUCCUUUGUCAGCAAUAUCCUUCAAAAUAAUGGGCCCGGAGAGAUAAUCUCGUACUCGGGCGACUCUCUAUUUAAAGUCGAUACCAUUGUGUUCGAAUAACUGCAUGUUAAUCUCUAUUUGUGCUCAGGGAGCAUUACAAAUUUAACCCUUUUCUCAUUUACUUACAUCUCGUCUCUGACUAAAUACAAUCAACACGAAGUCAGAGUCAUGCGCUUGCAUUAAAUAAAGUGAAGUCAUUUAAACUGAGAUUAAAUUAUAUGUAAUCAUCACAUGGCAUCCCAGACAGCAGAUGUUUUUCAGAUUAUAAGCACAUACUUAUCAUCAUUAGUAGGGUAAAGCUCUCUCAUUAAUAUCAUUCAUUAUGACGAUAUUGUGACAUUUAACAUCUCUCGUUACUCUUUCUAAUUUUUAAUAUCUUUCCUAAAAAAAACAUUAAUUAAAAAGAACGUAUUUACAAUGCCCUGUGAAAUUGUGGACGUUGGAGAGAUCGCUGAUAGUUUCAGGGAGGAAAUAGUGGCAGCAAUAAAGAAAGAGGACCUCAAUUUCGGGCCCAAGCUGGUCGGAUUUUUGUCUAAUUCUGACCCAACAGCCAAAACAUAUUCCGCUCUCACGGCUCAAUCCUGUCUCGCUGUCGGGAUUCACUACGAACUUCGACACGUGGAUAAGGAAGACUUGGAGGAGAAAAUAGUCGAGGCAAAUGAAGACAAUUCUGUUCAUGGUAUCAUUGUCUAUUAUCCCGUCUUCAACUCUCGUCAGGACCAAUAUUUGCAAAAUGUCCUAAGCGCCAAGAAAGACGUGGAAGGACUCUGUCAUAAAUAUAUUUACAAUAUGUACCACAACGUACGAUUUCUCGACGAAGGGAAAGAGAUUAAGUCCAUCAUCCCGUGCACGCCGUUGGCCAUCGUGAAGAUCUUGGAACAUAUUGCAGCCUAUAAUCGUCUCCUACCUUAUGGAAAUCGCCUCCAUGGCAGAGUGAUUACGGUCAUAAACCGCAGUGAAGUGGUGGGCCGGCCCCUCGCUGCAUUACUUGCGAACGACGGGGCAAAAGUUUUCUCCGUGGAUAUUAACGAUGUCCAGGAAUUUCAUAGAGGAACCGGCCUCCAGUUCUCAACUCAUGAAGCGAAAAACACGUCUUACAAGAUGACGGAUGUUCUGCCCUUUUCCGACGUUGUGAUUUCCGGAGUGCCCUCGGCUAAUUUCAAAGUUCCAACGGAGCUGUUAAAGGACGGAGUAAUAGCAAUAAAUUUCUCGGGUUCGAAUAACUUUGGGGAUGAUGUGAAGCACCGGGCGUCCUUUUAUGCGCCGGCCAUCGGCAAGAUUACCAUCGCCAUGUUGCAGAGGAAUCUCAUUCGGUUGUAUCAAAACUACAGGGACGAUGAGUAAUGAAAUGAAUGGUGGAGGAAGAGGACGUUGGAGUAUAAUUUAAGUAGUUGACUUUAUUUAUAUUUUGUAAUAAAGAUUUUUUAAGUAUUUUGGGGAGAUA